CUCCCAGUCCCACGGAAAUAAGUUUCCUGCUUAUUUACGCAAAUUACACAACUCAUACGAUCACAAAAAGCUGUGUCUGAAACCUGCCGCACGGAAUUCAUCUAUUGCAAUGCCUGGGCUUGUUGUGUUUGGACGAAGGUGGAUGAUCGGGAGUGAUGACUUGGUAUUUCCAGCACUGGUGGAAAUAUUAGUCAGAAUAACAUGGCUCAUGGCCAUUGUCAUAGUGGUAGCAAUACACCACAGCAACCUGUAUUGCUCUGGAGGGAACCUGCUCUACAUCUACCUCCUGGGCACAAUUAUUCUCAACCCACUGGUGAUUUUGCUGUGCUUGGCGCUGGCAUACUCGAGUGCGCGCGGCACAAUCACGAGCUCCUGGACCCGUCACCGUGUGGCGCCACUGCUCUACGUUCGUAUGCUACUCUUCGUGCCCGAGAUCGCAUGGAGCAUCAUCGGAGUGUACUGGGCAUUUGACGAGUCGAUCGGCUGCGAGCGGCCUGUAGUGAAGAUCAUCAAGGCAACGGCCAUCUCCAGUCUCUGCCUUGUGCUGAUCUUCCUAGUUGUAAUGGCGAUAAUAUUUGACCCUCUCGGGGCAAUGUCCUUGAAUCCACCCCGUCCAAGGUCACGCAGUUCAAGCUGUGUGAGCCAAUCUAGUGAGCAUCUGUAUCGUCAUGAGGCUGCAAAGGUCUGGGAAACGAGAUGUCGUCUGCUCUGCUGCUGCGCUGGCAAUGACGAGCACAGCAAAGCUGCAUUCUCGGACAUUGCGAAGUUGUUUGCGACGUUUUUUGAGGGUGUCGACCUCGUGCCGUCCGACAUCGCUGCCGGCCUCGUCCUCCUGCAGAUCCAGCAGGAGAAACAGAAGCGCUGGAACACGAUCCAGGCGAAGAGAACCGCCGCCGCCGCCUCCCGCAGCGAGCCGAGCGUCCAGCGACCCCUGCGCGGCGACCCCGCACAGAUCCAAGAUGGCGGCACCGACGCCGGGCUCUCCGCGUCCACGUCCCCAGAGGGCGCCGCCGUCGCCGCUUCAGGGGUCGACGUGGGGCUCUCCGCGUCCACGUCCGCUGGUGCCGCACCAGAGGGCGCCGCCGUCGCCGCAGAGGGCGCUUCAGGGGUUGACGUGAGGCCGGGAGCGUCGACGGCGCCCAAGGAGUGGAUGAACGUGCGAAACGCGACGCACUUUGUGAAGUUUGCGCUCGGAGUUUACGGAUGGCCGCUGUACGCGUACAUGCACCCCGUCAUGGGAUGGUUCCGGCUGUGGGGGAAAAUCAGAUGUUGCAGCUGCGUGCGUCAGUCGUCUGCCGUCGAUGACAACUGCGUCGGCUGCAACAUGGCCGCCAUCCGCAAGCAGACGGGUCUACGGGACGAGCAUAUUAUCCACGCAAGCUUUCAUAACAGGACAUACGAGGUGGCAUUCUUUGUCGCAGUGGACGAAGAAACGGAGUCAAUCAUAUUGUCUAUCAGGGGAACACUAUCAUUGGGGGAUGCACUGACUGAUCUGUCGGCCGAGUCGUGUAGCAUGAGCAUGGACGUUGAUGGAGACCCGCAGACACCCGGCCGGGCUCACAAGGGCAUCCUGAGGUCAGCGCAGUAUGUCAAGGCCAUGCUGGAACAGCAGCACCUGCUGGAAACGGCAUUUCAAGGACGCGAGCACUAUACUCUCGUUGUGAUGGGGCACAGCCUGGGCGGAGGUUGCGCAUCGAUUCUAGCCUGCCUGCUGCGACCUGCCCACCCAAGGCUACAGUGUUUCGCCUACUCGCCACCAGGUGGACUCCUCAAUAUGGCCGCCACCAUCGAGAGUCAGGAGUACGUGUGCUCGGUUGUGCUCGGCAAGGACCUGGUGCCGCGACUCAGCAUCCACGCGAUGGAAGACCUCAAGUUCAAGGUCCUUACUGCCGUACAUGACUGCGACAGGCCAAAGUAUCGCAUCCUGAUGCGAGGUGUCUGGUACGCAAUCUUUGGCAUGCCCACAUUGGACGUUGCUGUCAUGGAGACGGAUAGCGAGCCAACAAGUGGCGGCACGAGUCCAAGGCGCCCCCUGCUGGGAAGCAGAGAGGAGACAAGGUCUCGCAGCGGCUCGACCGUGGAGGAGGCGCUGCGGGAUUCGUUCAUGAAGAUUAGUGAGGCGAGAUUUUGUCAGGAGAAAAUGCUUCUUCCGGGAAAAAUUAUGUAUAUCACCGAAGCCUCUCCUGGAGGGCGUUUCUUCGGCAGUCCUGUCUACCAAGUUACCUGGGCGGGCACGCAGACAUUCCAAGAGGUCAUCUUCAGUCCGAAAAUGGUCACCGAUCAUCUACCGGACGUCGUUCUCAGGGCACUGAGUCAGCUCAACGAAGCUAACACGGAGCCGUUGCCGUCGGCAACCGCACCUGCCUACUAAUCUGCACGUAGAACGGCUGUGGUCGUGACUCUAGCGGCAGAUGUCUUAAAAGGCGAAGCUUGCCCGUCUUAAGAUGGAAACCUCAAGGAGAUGGCGCGCAUACAGUGUUGUCACAUGUUAUUAGUCGAUUUGUUGCACAGGAAGAGUUGACGCAGCUGCUUCGUUAGUGUCUGAUUGGGAUCGUCGUGAUUUGUUGUAUGAAAAAAAUAGUCCGCUAGUCAAGGCUAUAUAAUACUGCUAGUCAAAAGUCAGUAUUUUUAGAGGUGACAGUUGUCACUAUUAAUUUCGCAUUUAAACAUGUAUUGCAGUUAUGUGAGAAUUAAAUGGUGUUGUAAACUGCGUUUUUAUAAAACGUUAACAAACACUAUUCUGCGUGUCUUCCACUGUGUGUCCAGCGUGUGACUGUGUGGCCAGAUUACAUAUGCUAAUUAUGUAUUCAUGGUACAUCGUUAAUGAGAAAUGUCGGAACAUGAAGCUACUGUUAUUGCUUCGCAGGUCGUGCAAAUGCAUAAAAUCAAUUUUCUGUCAUCAGGUUAUUUGUAUGAACUGGCAUCUCGCACUUAGCUAUAUGCAUCGUGGGUCUGCUAAUAAUAUAAGCCAGUGACACAUGUAAUGUUCUAACGUAGUCUAGCGGACAUUAACUGUUUAUUACAUCCAAAGAGGUACUAGUCUACUAGAAGUAGAAGUACAAGUCUACCAAAGAAGACCUGUUGUUGACAUUUGAAUUCAUGAACGUGUCUGUGUGCAUUUCAUGACAGCAAAGUGUAUCGCAGCUUGUGCAGUGGAUGUAUGCCAACAGAUUGGGAGCUGUACAGACCAUAGGGCCGUUUUGCUGCAUGGGUGUUGUGCAGGCGAAUUUAGCUCUGUCGAAUUCGAAAGCAAGCAGUCGUGUGAAUGCUCCAGAACCAUGUAGCUGCAUGGCUCCCAUGAGGCCACCAUUUUUUAUUUUGUUGGUUUACAGAAUUUUUGUUGUUGUUGACUCGGUAGGGUAAAAA